AUUACUCAGAGCCCCUUUGUCCUCUGUCAUUGCCCAGCCUGCGACACUCAUGGCGGCUGCACCCGUCAGGCAGCGCCUCGGAUCGGGGGGAGCCCGCUCCCAGCUCCCACCCUGCUACUUCGAGGGAUACCUGGAGAAGCGAGGACCGAAGGAGAAGGCUUCCAGAAGGCUUUGGACAUGCCUUUGUGGAAACUCUCUGUAUUUCUUCAAUAAUACCAAGGACGCUCAUUAUGUGGAGAAGCUGGAUCUCUGCGGAUUUGUGUCCCUCAAAGAUGACAGCAGCCGUGACAGAAACCUAGAGGCAGCCAGGCUCAUCCUCCGCAUGAAGGAUGGGGAGACCAAACUCACAGCACCAAACUUAGAGGCCAGAGAGCUGUGGAAAGGUUUCCUCUACUCCGUUAUAGAGCUGAAUGUCCCCUCUAGUCUGACGUUACUGCCAGGGCAGCUCCAAAUGUUGAAGGAGGUGGUAGAAAAGGAAAGGACCAGAAGGAGAAAUCGUAACCCAGGACGAGCUCCUCCUUCGCCCCUCUCUGUUCCUUUAGUGGGAGAGAUCCCAGCGUGUUUUCGUCCAGUUUCACGCACAGAAGCUGAGGUCCUGUUGGAGAGACACCCUGACUGUGGCAACAUGCUCCUCCGCCCAGGUCGGGACGGAUGCUCGCUGGCUGUCACUACCCGACAGGACCUCAAUGGGUCAGUGUUCAGACAUUACAGAGUCACACAGAGGGACCAAGGUGGCUAUGUUAUAGAUGUGGAAAAUCCUAUUCCCUGUGCAACAUUACAUGAUGUCAUCGACGCCUUGGUAGAGAAAACGGCAGGUACUCUGCAGCCGUUCCUUCUGGAGGAGCCGUACGAGGAGAAUAUCACAUAUGUUUCUGCUAAUGAUGAAAAUGGAGAGAAGAUCCUCCAUACUGCCCCCUCUGGCCCCCUGCCUAAGGUCCCCGCUCUGCCUCCAAAACAAGAUCGUUGGUGCUCUAGCCCUUUAUCCCGGUCCCCGGCCACAGACCGUCGUAUCCUGAGCUCUCCGGUGCCGGCGUCGCCCACCAACCCAAUGAGACGGCUCAUCUUGUCCCCUUCACCUCUCACACAGUGUGAGUACCACAGUAUGUCAGCUGUACCUGCAGCAUUCAGUCAGACGUUAUUCAGCCUCAGAGUGUUUCUGUCUGUUUGCAGCCUUAAAUGAGGAGCUCAAAAUAACACUUGAGAAGAGGAAAACCGGUCAGGAAUGACACGAGGAAGAUCUCCCAACCUCUUUACACAGCGGCUUCAGCAUGUUCUCAUCUGGUGCCUUUUGGUGGAAGACGUGUCCCUACAAAGCCUCCACUUUCUUUACAGACUUAAGGGGAAUAACGUAAAACUUUCUCAUAAAAUGGUGCUAGCCUUUGCUUUAUCUGCAUGUAUCCAGCUGUUACCAACUGCCUCUAAGACCAAUCAUAGUGCCACAGCAACUCUGAGCCGGCUGACACAUAUAACAGACCCCUAUCUGAGCCCAUUGUUUCCCUGUCUGAGCCUUUCUCUGGCUGGUGAGCUGCUACUGAACCUACAAACACGCCACAGACUGCAAAGAUCUACACCGGAGCAGCUAAAAGACUAAUUUUACUUACUUUAUCUGCAACUUCUUCCACUCAUCAAGACUGAGAAAAAUCCUCCAGGUUAAACUGAUCUCCGCAAAAACUGAACUCUGCACAAAGUCUGCCUUUUGCUCCAGAAUCUCUUUCAGAUUUAUGACCAACCAUCAUCUUGUUGCUGAUUAUUGACUGUGAUUGUUCUCAUUCUCUCAAACUGUAGGUGUACCUCUGAUUUUGUGUCUUACCCAUUUGACUUGCCUGCAUUUGUAUCUGUUCUGCUAUGUGAUGCGUUGACACUUCUCUUGUCAGCCAUGCCUGUAAAAUUCAGCUUCAUCAGAAAAGUUACAAUCUGCCCUGUGGUAUACUGGCUGUAAAUCAAUGCGACAGGAUCGUCAUCAGCAUACCAUCUCUACAGAAGCAUGAGUGCCUGACGAGUCUCUUUGACAGUAUUAUUUAACACUAACUUAAUACAUCUGAUGGUGCUUACAUGUGUUUUACCCUCAUAUUUGACAUUUCUGCCUUCUCUCCAUCUCUACAGAUUGGUAUCAAACUGUGAACAAUGGACUCUUAAGUGUCUUUGUACAAUGUUCAAUUUAUUGAAUGUUUGUAAAUAGGGUAAUGUGCCUACUUCAUUAUGAUUAAAUAAGUGUGUUUGAUAAAUAUGGGGAAAGCCAUGCCCUUUUCUU